GCACAGUGGAUUAUCUCAACAAAACAAAUUCAGAGGAGGUGCAAGAGAAUGGACUUCGUUUAUUUCCCAAUUCAAUCACAAGUAGGACAAAAAUCCGUACAGAUGGCACUAACAAGUGGGAAAAGCAAGAAGUAAAACUGGACCAAACGGAUGCAAAAUUAAAGACGAAUGAUUCAGGGAAGGUUAAAGAAAAAAAGACGCUCGCAGUAAUUUAUCUUUUUGAGGGUAAAAGAGACACAAAAGAGGAUUAUAUGGACGUUAAAGAAGAGGGAAUUACAGAAACCCUCUCACAAAAAACAAAACAAACAGGUAGCCAUAAGGAAAUGUACAAUGUAGCACUUCCUUUAGCCACGUUGUUCACACAUUCAGAAAUUCGUGGCACUCUGUCUCAAAAUCAUUCAACUUUCCUCCAUCAUCAAGACUUUGUCCGUUCGAUGCCUAAUGUUUCCAAAACUGCUUCCUCAGACUCAACUGUCAAGCUGAAAGAGGAGGAGGACAAGCAUCUCCUACAUUUAGGAACAAUAACACAAACAGUCGCUCCAAAGUCUUUAAUGGACAUAAACACAGACCCUGAGGUUAGAAAGAGUGAAUUCAUCACCACACGGGCAGCAAAGCCAAAACCAGCAGAGGUAAGGUUCAUCCUCAACGGUUUGAAAACAAAGGAAGGAAAUCAUACACAGAAAUUUAAUAAAAAUACACCCACUGCAAAAAUGGUCCAUUUUACCCCAAAGCCAAGCACAGUCCUACUGUCGGGCAAACCCACAAUUGUUACGCAGAUGGAAAAUAACGCCAUAUUUAUGGUCGGGCAUAACAAAGUACCUCCUCCCCAGCCACAAGGAACCAAACCUUCACCCAGACUGAAACGUUUACCAACCACAGCACCAUCCACGUCGCCAGCUGAAACCAGCAGGAUUAGCAAAAAUAAGGAACCGUCUAAAGACAAAAGAAGGAGGAAAGACAAUAAAACACGAAAGCCACAAGAGGGGAAGAAUAAAAUACCUCCACCAACACUCUUUCCUUACUUCAUGGAUGACUACUGUCCACCUAUGUGUGCUUGUUAUGGAAGAGUUGUCCAGUGCUCCGAUAAAGGUGUUGAAGAGUUUCCAUAUGGAAUCCCCUAUAAUGCCCGCUGCAUCCUCCUGAUGAACAACCACAUCAGCAGCAUCCAGCUGGACUUGCUCAGUGAAUAUUCAUCCAUGGAAUUCCUUUCCUUGAGCAACAAUCGGCUCACAGAUGGAGCCGUGGAAGGAUCUUUCGAGGGGAUUCCCGUCUUGAAGCGUCUCUAUCUGGACAGGAAUCAACUUCAAAGUUUGCCAACUGACCUCCCAGUGUCUCUCGAGGAGCUACGACUGGACAACAAUCUCCUGGAGAUGAUGUCUGAGGCGGCCUGGGCACAGUGUCCUAGUCUGCUGGUUUUAAGCCUGAGCAACAACAGCCUGGGGAAUAGAUCUGGAUCUCUUCCUCCUGGUGCACUGUCCUCUCUGCACAAUCUACGCACCCUGAACCUGGGUUAUAAUCGGCUAGCCUCAGCACCUUUAGAGUUACCACUGUCCAUAAAGGAGUUAUAUCUUAGAGGAAACCACCUUGAGCAACUUAGCCGAGGAGUUUUUAAUGGCAUAUCACAGAUGUUGGUGUUGGAUCUCAGUGCAAACAGGUUGAAGAGCAAAGGCCUUCUUAGAGAUUCCCUCCUCAAUGCGACACAUUUGGAAAGCCUAAACUUAGAAGGAAACAAACUAAAGCAAGUGCCGCAAAACCUCCCCAACUCUCUGAAAACUCUAAAUCUGGAAGGCAAUCUAAUAUCUUCCAUAAAGAAAGCCUCCUUCCGCAACUUGGACAACCUCGAGCACUUGGGACUGGGAAGAAAUGCGAUUUUCAAAGUAUCCACCGGUGCAUUUCAGACCUUGCCCGCCUUGCAUCAGUUAGACCUGUGUCACAACAAGUUGCACCAGGUGCCCAGGCGACUGCCUGCAGGCCUGCACUCGGUAGCGCUCGCACACAACAAGAUCGAGUCGGUGCCCAGCAACGCGUUCUGCUGGGGCAGUCAAAGUCUUAGUCUCAGCAGACCUGUACACGUACGUCUGGAGCACAACUUAAUUGACGUGGGGAAGCUGGAUGUGCGCGCGUUCAGAUGUUUACGUAGAACGCAGGUCGUGCACUUCCACUGAAUUUACAAACCGUGGAAGAUUUAAAUAGAUCUGCUGCUCCAGGACUCGGCCCUUUUUUAUAUCAACUCUUCCACUUUUAAACAAAGACUUCAGCACUCAAGAGGCCAACUGUGAAAACAAAUGACCACAUUUUAUUAUGUGUAAAGUUCAGCUCAUUGUGUGUGACCAGCCCAUGUCUUCCUCUCUGACUGUUUUUGUGGCAGAUACGUUUUCCUUGCAGGCGUGUUGCUUUGCAGUGGUUUGCGUGACACAAACCACUGCAACGAACGAACUGAAAACACAGGAAAGUCCAGAAUCCACCAGGAUCCAGUUUUACUUAAGGUUUGAGACCAGAUGUCAUUGCAAAUCAGGGCAAUUCUGUUUUGGUUUUAUUUUUAUAUACAGUAUUUAUACAAUAUUUCUAUUCUGACUGGAGAAUUGUUUUUUUUAUGCCAAUGCCUUUUUCACGUCACAGCAUGGUCAAGGUGUUACUGAAACCUUCAAAUUUGAUUGGUAAAAACUUCAAAAACAAUGUCACUUUUGGUUUUAUACAUGAAAUA